AUGUCCACCACAUCAACUUCAAGUACCACGAGCAGCUCAAGCUUCACCAUAAGCAGCACCAGCAGUACUUCCUCCACUCGAACAAGAAGUACCACAACAUACAGCUCAACCUCAUCCGUCACAAGCAGCUCUUCUACCCGGACAUCGAGUACAAGUACCUCUGUCAGCCAGACCUUCACCAGUACCACCUCGCUCAGCAACACCACCAGCAGCACCACCAGCACGGCGAGCACCACCUUUUCCUCGAGCUCGUCGCUCACCACAGAAAGUAGCACAAGCUCCACUUGGACAAGCUUCACAUCCUCCAGUACCAGCUCUGUUUUUGAUUCCACUACAAGCUCUCAGACACGAAGCAGCAGCCAAUCAUCUUCGCGGUCAGAGACUUCAACCAGCACCACAUCCACAACAUCAACAACAACCUCAGGUGCUGAGCUGCCACCGCCGUUGGGAUCGGAGGAGUUCACCUUCACCGCCGGGGCCGUGACGAUCAUCGCGGCCUCCUUGGGCUCCGUGGCCUUGGCGAGUCUGCUGCUGCUCCCCUUGCGACCCAAGGACUUCGUGCUCAAGGCCGCCAAGGGGGCCAACCAGGGCGCCCAGAGUGCCGCGCAGCGGCUCCGGGAAUGGUUGCUUUGGCGGCUUUUCAACCAGCAAGUCGAUGAAGAGUCUGAGGAAGAGAUUGUCGUACAGACCACUCCAGGACCUUUAGUGCGUGAGGCUGAAAGCCCAGCGGGACAGAUGCGACAGCUGAAGGCCCUGAAGCUGGCGGAGGAGAUCGACACCGAGGAGCUGGUCGCAGAGAGCGCGAGCGACCACUCGGGGCGACCCGUCCUGGCGUCGCCCAGCGCGCUCACCAUGAGGCGACACAUCCGGAAGCGGAUCAGUACUGCAAGUGGAGAGGCGUCUACUCCCAAGGAGGAUGCAUCCAUUGCCCUCGAUCACACCGACACGCAUUCGAGCGAUGAGUUGUGGCUUCCAGCACAGCUGGAUGACCGGUCAUUCUCGCACGGACCGGUCCAGGAGAAGGGCCCAGCAGCGAGCACCUUGAGAUACAGUGCACAGGUCCGCGAAACGCCGAAGCGUCCUGCCGUAAGUAUUCGAGAAUGGCGGCUGCGGCACAGCGACACCCUAGAGGAUGCAGCAGGAGCUUUGCCGGGAGAGGUGGAGUUUCUGAAGGAGGCUCUUCCCUCGAUCGAGGUAGAGGACCUGACAACGGCCGAUGCCUCGGCGUCCUCGUCCAUGAAACCCUUGAUGCUUCCAGCCUCACUGGCCAUGAGGGAACGCACCCGAAGUCGGAUCAGUCUUAGCAGUUGGGAGGCGUCUACUACUCCUAAGGAGGACGCUGCCCUGGAUCAAACGCGCAUGUCGAAGCCGAAGCUCGCAUGGUCUCCCACCAUGUCAUCUGCCGUCAGGGCCUGGCAAAGCCAGACCCCAGCAGCGGCGAUCGCCAAGAUGAGGAGCCGCGCAUUGACAGAUCAUACAAUAUUUCCCGCUUCAAAUCAUUGA